AUACCAGUAAUGAAGGUGUGAGCAGUGACGGAAGUGGGAGAUGACCGAAGAAUAAGUCAGAGGCUGAGAGCUCAUUCAAAGUGCCUUCACCAGAGCCCCCAGCCUGAGAGCAAGAAAGAACUUCUGUUCUGAGGAGCCUGGGAAAGAGAAGUGUUACUGUGCCAGCUGGGCUGCCAUGCUCGUUCUUCCCCAGUAGGCUUUCAGGGAUACAGGUACCAUUCUGACACUUAUCUUACAUGGGAAAGAACCGUACUGUGCAUUCAUAGGAGGGAAAUCCAGGAGCAAGCUUUAAACACAAGAGGAACGUGAGGCUGAGCAAGGAACGUGAGGCCAAGGACAUCACUGGAGUCAACAUUUCCUGCAAGUUCCUGUGUCUGCUGACAAUGUACAGGACACUGAUGGCAACUGGCAGAGGCUCCUUGGCCCUGGCCAUUCUGCUGGCAACUAUGGACAUCCAGCUUGGUGGGUGCAUCCACAUCCACAGCUCAAUGUACCAGAAAGGGAAACAACUAAGCCUGACCUGUACUUUGUGGUAUAAGGCAGAAGAGGCUGAGGGGGUUAUAGUGUUUUUGUGCAAGGACAGGUCUUCGGACUGUUCCCCUGAGACCAGCUUGAAGCAACUGAGACUUAAACGGGACCCUGGGAGAGAUGGUGUCAGUGAAGUAUCAUCUCAUUUGGUGUUCACCAUAAACCAAGCCACACCAUCAGACAGUGGGACCUACCAGUGUUGUGCCAGAAGCCAGAAGCCAGAUAUCCGCCUUCAGGGUCACUUUUUUUCUGUUUCAGUCACAGAGACAGGGAACUACACAGAGGAAGGACUGAAACAUACAGGACAGCCCGAGUUCAAUCACAAUAAAGGCACUCUCAGUUCAGGCUUCCUGCAAGAAAAAAUCUGGGUGAUGCUGGUCACCAGCCUAGUGGCCCUUCAAGCUUUUGUAAGCCUCGUGCCAGAACUUUAAAGAAAAGUUACAGCAAGAUAAACUUGACUCUUUAGCUUGCUACCUUUCACAUUACAACAUACACAGAGAAGAAAACAGCACAGAGGAAGAGAUGCUAAAUAUGCCAAGAAUCUGGGGAAUAUAAGGUGGGACAAAUGAAUGUAUUCCUUGAACUCUCCUUCUCACUGCCACAGCAAGCCUGUCCUUCUUCUCACCUCUGUCACCAGUUGGGGAAAAAAAAAUAAACAAACAAACCUGCUUUUCACAAAAGUGGCUGGUGGACAGUUCUCAUUCAAAUAUUGGAUAAGUAUGUGUUUUUGUACCCAAGAAAAAGUUUUCCCCCCUCCUCCCCCACACAGUAAAAUAAAGCCAAACAAAAUAAGAACACCAA